AUGCAAUCGACACAGGGUGGCCAGAAGAGUUGCGUUCUGGGCAAAACCGGUCCUUGGCCCCAAUUGGCCUUGGAUGAAUACCGCCUCAUGCAAGGUUCGGGAAUUCUCCCUUUUUUNCCGGCUGAGAUUAUACAGUCGCGAUACAGUACAGCGGAAUCUUGUUACGAAUAUUAUGUCCAUUAUGUCGGAUAUGAUAGAAGACUCGACGAAUGGGUGUCCCGCCACCGGGUUAUGUCAGAUAGGUUCGACGUAUGCGAGCAGUCGAACAAUAACAUAAACUGCGACCACCUGCUCACGGACAAAUCCGGCCGGAAAAUAACAAGGAAUCAAAAACGUAAACAUGACGAAAUAAACCAUGUGCAGAAAACUUACGCCGAAAUGGAUCCAACGACCGCCGCGCUUGAAAAGGAACAUGAAGCUAUUACUAAAGUUAAAUACAUAGACAGGAUACAAAUUGGAAAAUAUGAAAUCGAUACUUGGUAUUUUAGUCCGUAUCCUGAUGAAUAUGGUAAACAAUCAAAAUUGUGGUUAUGUGAAUACUGUUUGAAGUAUAUGAGAAUGGAAAAAACAUACCGGUACCAUCUCAGUGAAUGCACAGCACGCCAACCCCAGGGUAACGAAAUAUACAGAAAAGGUACAAUAGCUAUUUUUGAAGCAGAUGGCAAAGAACAUAAAAUAUAUUGUCAGAAUUUGUGUUUAUUAGCCAAAUUAUUUUUAGAUCACAAAACCCUUUAUUUUGAUAUAGAACAGUUUUUAUUUUAUAUUUUGUGUGAAGUUGACAAGCAAGGAGCUCACCUUGUAGGAUAUUUUUCAAAAGAAAAGGAUUCACCUGAAGGCAAUAAUGUGGCAUGUAUAUUGACUCUACCUCCAUAUCAGAGACAGGGGUAUGGUAAACUCCUGAUAGCUUUUAGUUAUGAACUCUCAAGGCUCGAACAAGUUGUUGGAAGUCCAGAGAAGCCUUUAUCAGAUUUAGGCAAGUUAAGUUACAGAUCGUACUGGUCAUAUGUUUUAUUAGAAGUGUUAAGUGCUAGUAGAGGUACAUUAAGUAUCAAGGAUUUAAGUCAGAUGACAGGAAUAUCACAAACGGACAUCAUUUCAACUUUACAGUCAAUGAACAUGGUGAAGUACUGGAAAGGACAGCAUGUUAUUUGUGUUACACCUAAAAUAGUUGCUGAACAAUUAGCAAGCCCGCACUUUAAAAAACCACGGUUAUCAAUAGAUCCUUCAGCACUGAGAUGGACACCCCCUAGUAAACAGGGGAACUCUGCCAAAGCCAAAAAGUAGUACAGGCUUACAGGCAGGGCUUAGGGAAUGUUAAAACACAGUUAAAACCAACAUCUCAAGUCCAGGCCUGUUAUAAUAAAAAACUGCAACACAUAGAAUGCUAGAGUAUUAUAGUCGUAAGAAUCUUUAAUAAAUGCAGUUGCUUUAAAGAAAAUUCAAAUGUAAAAUAGCAUUUUGAGAUCGAAGAAUCCCAGUGGAAGGAACGACAGCUAAGUAUUUUCAAAAUUAGAAUAGGAUUAAUGAUAUAGCUUUUAAAUUGAUGAGUGUUUUUCACAACUUGGGGUUUUGUUGAAAGAAAGAGUACCUCUAAAUUGUAUAUUACACUAUAUGUCUAUUUGUAUACUAUACUUUUAUGUAUUGCUCUUUUGGGAUGAUAUCUCAUAUUGUGAUGCAUUGACCCUAGUAUAUAAAUUUUGUGUAUGUAACUUAUUUUCAAAGACAAAAAUAUUUGUUUUCUAAGUGCCACAUUCAUUAAAAAGGACACAGUUUCAUUAAUAUGUUUAUUUCAUGACAAUGUAAUGAUUUAGUUCAUUACCAUUAUUAUUUCUUUUAAUUUGUAAAUGCUCUUUUAUUUGUUACAAAACUAGAUCUGUGUAUUUUUGUAACAUAUCUCAUUCAGUUCCUUUUAAACUGGUUUAAGUGAUACUAAUAUUAAGUUUAAAAAUUAAGUUAAAAUUGGAAAUAAUGUAAGAUUCAUUUUAGCUUUAAUUUUUUGUUUAUUUAGGGCCAUGUCUUGUUAGACUGACAGUAAAACUGUCUUCAAUGUAUAAAGAGACUAAUUUGUGUAGUUUAAUGUCAUUUUAGGGAUCAUUUUGCAAUAUUUCAUCCACAUUUUGAAGUCAGAAAUUAAAUGAUGCAAACAAGGAAAUCUUGUGUAAUCUUAUGACAAUGGCCCUCCCACGCAUAUCCAAACUGUUUUCAGUGUAAAAACACGAGUUUAGUAUUGUGAAAAGUUCAAUGACUUAUGUAACCAUGUGCGGACUUAAAAUAGCUGAGGAUUAUUGCAUCAUUCAAGAAUGACAUGUGAGAUUUGUUUUGAAAUGUACUUGAAUAUUUUCUGUUUAGGAUAAGCUUUUGUAUUGUGUUUAUUUCAAUUUGGCAAAAAUGAGUUGAAUUGUCUAAAAAGAUCUUGUUGCCUCAUCAGUUAGAUUCUGUGAAUCGUCAGUUUUCACUGUUUGUUUGUGAUAAUCUUAAUUUGUAAGGUGAAAGUGUCAGAGUUCGAAGAUUAAAAAAAUGAGAGUAA